AUGUGCUUGAAUAUACCGUGGAAUCCAUCCGACGCGUGGCAGUACUUGAGAGACAUAGCCAAUGGAUCCCACGAUUGUCCUGAAGCACCAUCAAGUGCCCAGAGGGCUCGGAUAGCCUAUUUGCAAUUAUCGAAUACCACCCUGGCGGACACCGUUGAUCUUGAAGAGGCAUACACUGGUCUUAAGAAGUAUAGGCUUGUCCAAAACGGUACUUUAGACGCUGAAACUGUGCUGUGCCUGGUUCAACUUUACGCAAGCCGCUUCCACAGCUAUUUUCCAGUGGUCCCGAAAGGCAACUUCGACCCUCACACUCUAAAUGAAUUUGCGUCAGCUGAAAAGUACCUCUUCACCGCUGUCCUCACAAUUUCUUCGAAAUCUCUCGACAAUAUGCAACACAUCCACGAGAGCUGUUGCGAGUACAUGCGAGAACUUCUUUCCGAGAUUUCUUUUGGGGCAGAUUGUGAUAUUGAUGCAGUUGAAGCAUUGCUUCUUCUAGCUCAAUGGGAGCCUCCCGGCCUCCUUGCACGCGUUGGGUACAUUGGAAACGGAGAGGAGGAUCGAGCUGCGUGGAUGCACGUUGGACUUGCUUUGCGUGCGGCGCAAUUUCUAGAACUAGAGCGCGCAUUUGUUCCAGGUGAGUCUGCCGAGCCCUCUGAAAGAGGCUCUCGACAGAGGCUUACCUGGAUCGGCUGCUAUAUGUCGGAUAGAUUGUUGUCAACCCGCCUUGGGCGCUCAUUUUCGCCUGGCAGUCCUGGUAGUACAGUAGGUUCGGUUUAUCAUGAGUUUUCCUUACUCCAACCUACCAAUCCAGAAGAAGACGCCCAAGGAAAGAUUUUUCAGGCACAUCUUGAGCUCAUUCAAAUGCACAGCAAUUUCCAUAUGUUUAGAAACUCGGAUAUCUGCACAACUGACCACGCGACAAUGGAUCAAGAUCAUUUGAAAUCUGUGGAGGAACUCUUGGUGGCCAUGUCGAACUGGCACCGGAUUUGGGGUAUCCUAGCAUGUUCUAUACACCUAAAAGCAACACUUCAGAUGGCCUAUGAAUAUUUACGUUUUGACGUCAAUGCCUUAGCUGUCAAAUCUGAAAUGCGCCGAGCGAAGUCGUCUGACUUGUACAUUGGCUGCCAUGACGAUCAGGAUAUAUCCAUCAACAAUGCAACCGGAACCCGUGACUUUCCUUUUAUGCAUGAUGCUAUUGACGCCGCGAAAAUGUACUUGAAUAUUCUUGCAAAUUAUGUUGAUCCUGAAGAACACUUGAAGUUCAUGCCAUUAAGAUAUUACUUCCAUGGUAUACAUGUGGCUUCCUUCCUCUGCAAGAUGCUUUCCAUGAGAUUUAUGAUGAUGGAAGAGAAGGUUGCAGUUGGAGAGCUGCUACGUCGAACAAAGCUAUGCUUUGAGCGGUCAAGCUCCGGGCCCUAUGAUGUAGGAUCCCGAUAUGCUCGUCUCUUGAUGCUUCUAAUCCUGCCACAACUGCCUCAUUCGACUUCAUCACAAAUCUCGGGCUGA